AUGAUUGAUACUAUUAACAAUUCGAGUGAAGCAAGACGGCAGGAGCCCGCUGAAGAUGUCAUUGUUCAUGGCCGGUUUAGAAUCGUAAGAAAAUGCGGUCUCGGAUCAAACCACCACGUUUGGAAAGCCAACGAUUUGAAGUCAGAUUCAAUUGUAGCAUUAAAAUACUACAACAACUUCAAGACUUUCGCCAAAGAAGAGCGGUGUUUAUCCGAAUUGCGUGGUGUUGAAAAUGUGAUACAGAUAUUUGAACCAUUGACGCUAGAAUUGGUUAUUGCUCUUGAAUUUGGACAAUAUGAUCUAGGUACAGUCAUGCAUUAUCUCACUGCCGAAGAACGACAGCAAGAGAAAUCCAGAAUGAUUCGGCAUAUAGCAGCUGGAUUGGGGAAUAUUCACUUAAAUCGGAUAGUUCAUUCUAACUUGGCACCCGGAGAUAUAAUGUUAUUUAAGAAGGGAGAGCAGAAAAUAUGGAAGUUGGUUGAUUUUGAUUCCGCGUGUUUCGAGGAUGAUAACGUUGAAGUGUCAUUAACAAAAAUUGAUUAUUGCAGUCCUGAACUAAUCAGAGCAGAAUCCAGUAAAAAGUCUCUGCCUGCCAGACCUUCACUAGACAUGUUUUCAUUUGGGCUUAUAAUAUACUUCAUAGAAACUGGAUCACACUAUUUCAAGGAAAAACUUCUCGAGCAAGUAGAGUUAUUGAAAUCAAAUAAUGAACUUGAAAUACAUGAAAUAACAGACAGCAAUACUCGAGAGAUUUUAAAAGGAUUACUAAAAAAGUCUGCGACAGAGAGAAUGGACAUGGCCACAUUUAAGAGCUCCGAGUACUUUCGUGGAUUGGAACAAGGCAAUGCCAUUGAGCGAUACACACAAAACUACCAAGCAUCUAAGAGUGACCGAAUUGCAAACGGAAACACAAACGGCGAUCAGUAUCAGCUCUUACCAAUUCCAUUAAAAGAAUACGAUGGAGGCCAGCUGGAUAAAUUGGAAGAGAAGUUUGACAAAAUGUUUGAUAAGCUUGACAACCUGCUUGAUAUAUGUCAAGAGCUCAGUGGGAACAUUCCACGAUGGCUAGCACAAUUGAAUAACCAGAAGAUUCCGCGUUUAUUCGUCUUACUUCCACAGCAGAAAGAUUGGAGGUUUCCAACGAAUUGGAUGUCCAAACCAUUUCUACUGUAUUUUGUCUGUGAACAUGAAAAUUGUUGGCAUAUACCAAAAAAUUCAGAAGGUUACGAGCUCAAAAAAAAUUCAGAAUUUAUCCGUAAAUAUGGGAAAUGGAUUAACAUAGGCUUGCAAUCACUUACGAUGGCAUUAAAAGUAGUUUCUUCAGGAAUCUUUCCAAUAGAUAUCUCGGCUAUGCUUGCCACGGUAUUUGAUAUACACGACGAUGCCGAUAUCAGUAAAUAUCUCCAACAGAUCGCAGACUCUAUGGAAAUAUGGAGCACCACGAUGGAGGAUCCUAACCCUGAAUUCCAAGCCGUUGAUCAAGUAGAGGGGGGAAAAUUCCAAGUCAUGAACAUGGACGGUCAUCGAGCGCUCGAAGCCUAUAUCAACAAUAUCGACAGCACUAGAUCUUAUGGUGGUCUGAUCCAAGGAUAUCAUUAUAGAUCAAAGAAAUUCUUAUGGAUUUGCGAAGAACAUCGACACGAAUACGAUUGCGGAAGCAACAACGAUUCGGUACAACCACUUUCCCCACGACCACUUUCUCCACAACCACUUUCUCCACAAUCUGAUUCAAACUAUCCGUUGCCAGUUCCGCCUGUUCAGACUGAAAGAUCUUCAUUAAAGUUCUUUUGGCGCGGUCAAAAGGUGAACGUGGAAGACGUAGAAGCAAAACUCUUAUUCGAACCAUACAACGAGGGAAUUGUAGACAAACUAGUGAUCAAAACGAAGGUUAUACUCUAUGAUCUUAUUCAAAAUGCUGGAAAGACUAAACACAGACGAAGAUACAGAGACCGAAUAGUCGAUUUUGUGAAUGACGCUGACUAUUACUUGACGACAUUAGAAAAUCGCAUAGAGAUUUUCAUUGAAAGGGAAAAGAAGUUUCUUGCGUACGCCUUAGAACGGUAUAUUGGAGUGUUGCUGUAUUUGUUGAAAUUUUUGGCCCGCUUUAAUUCUGUUGAUGAAAACGACUACUUUAUGAGAACAGCGAAUUUAUUCACAGCAAGCAACGCUUUUCACGAAGUUUAUGAUCAAGGCUUAAUCUUUCACGCCUUUUUUCACCAAAUUCUCGUCCUGAGACGUAGCUCAUCCUUGUCGUCCCUUUCCACAAUGUCCACUUAUCCCAAAACCCAAAAGCUUAUACCUACUGGCUACGAUAAGUGUUCUUCUGAUUACGCUUCAUUUGCUGUUUGGGCUUCCACGCUUCAAUGGUCAGACCAACAAUGGCCCCCCGAAAAAAUUCUAGUCGACAAGUACAUCUCUUCGUCCCAAAUCGACGUAGCUGAUAAAUUAAUCAUCCGCGAGACAAAAGGAUCCUUCUUUGCGGUAAAACGCACUAUUAAAGGUGUCUCGGAACCUAUAGCAGAAAUAACGUUGAAAAAUUGUGGGAGCGAUGAAACGUUUUCUGCAACUCUGAAAUUGGUUUACAUGUAUUGGCAAUAUAAACUAGAUGAAUGUGAUUAUAUAAUACAAUUUUACGGAAUCACGGUUAGGGACUGUCGCUUAUGUCUCCUAUUUGAAUGGGCAGAGAAUGGGGACUUGUUUACUUAUAUGGAGACGUUUUCGAAUUUGCCUUCUUCAUUGAACGUGUUGUUUGACUGGAGGGAAAAGAUUAGGAUUUCAUACGAGAUUGCCAUGGGGCUAGCUUUCCUUCACGAGCGUUAUAUUUGCCACCUUGAUCUUCGAUCAAGUAACAUCCUAUUAUCCUAUUCUCCCGAUUCCAAACGUCCAAAAGCAAAACUAACAGGCUUCCGCUCAAGUAAAAAAAUGACUGACCGUAACACCACCAAUAUUUCCAUUGAACCGGCCGAUCCAGAACACAAACGCUGGUAUUGCCCGCAACGUCUUGUACACUAUAAUUAUCCUUGUGAUGAAUUUUCGGAUAUUUACAGUCUUGCAAUAGUAUUCUGGGAAAUCGCGAUGGGUACAGGCAAAAUCCCAUAUUCGGAGGUGGAUAUGUAUUACUUAAAGAAGCAUGUCCACCAAAAAAACAGGAACAAACUGCCCAAUGAUAUACCAAGCUGGGCAUCGAGUUAUAAAACCUUGGUGGAGAGGAUGUGGUCACACGAGCCAGAUCACCGGGGUAGGAUUAAGUCUAUUGUCAAGGAAUUGAGUAUGCUGAUGGAGAAGAAAGAGCAUUCGUUAACAGUUCGGUCAAUUAUUUAA